UGUUGUGUGGUUCGUACAAUCGCUGAGCCGCCUGUGACCGCGGUAGACUAGAACGACGAGCGAGCGAGGCCCGACCGGCGGAUGAAGUGGAUCACCGGAGCGCGACGAAAAGUAAUUUGUACAAAAAACAGAAUUCAGUUCAUUGCGAAUGCCGUGUUGUUCGUGAUGUUUUGUCUGACCGCACAAUAUAUCAGUGGUCAUUGUUGCUAGACGUUUUUUAUAAGUGUAGGCCCUCUAAUGCGCCGGUAAUGUUCCGCGUGCUUCUGUCGCGACUUUGUUUUAGUUGAAAAGUUACUUGAUUAGUUGCUAAUUGCGCACCAUGCGCGUGUAGUGUUGUUUAUUACUGUAUGGUUCAUAUUCUAACAAAAAAGUGGCUUCGCUACACGACAUGGGAGUUUUCAAGUGGUUGCGCCGGGAGCGCGUGACGGUGAGCACGCACCGCUCGCCCAGCCCCGACCCGCCGCACGCUCCCGACGACAUCGGCACCAUCCGCACCGACGAGUACAAGCGCGACCUCGCCGAGUUCCAGGCCCGCCGCUCCUCCGGUCCGCAACUCCCGGACACCCCCGAGAAACGAUGCGGCCGACACUCCCUACCCAUCUCCUGCACCGAUUGCGCCGACCCCGACCGCACUUUCAACUAUGAAAAGAAAUCAGCCGUCAAGUACAAAAAGAAAUCGCAAAAACGAGCGCGAAGCGCUAACCCGGAAGACCCAGUCCCUAACAUACAAUUCCUCUUCCAAAAUCAGGUCUUCAUGCCCGGUACUUUAUCAUAUUCGGAACCUAAGAAACGACAUUCGCGCAGAGCAUACAGGCAGGAAACCUUUACCCAAAAGCAGAUAGAUUUUAAGGAAGACGAGUCUCAGCUUCAAUCGCCUCCUUUCUUCUAUAAGAAUAACUCGCUGCCUUACGAUAUCAAGAACUUUCUAGACACUAAGAGCGAUGUAGAGGAAGUAGACGGGAUGCGAGCCACGGAGAAUGUUAACGUUUCUAGUCAUAGCUCUUCGGCAACCAGUAGAGGCAGUACCAGCAGAGACAAUCUUUGGGAGGUGAUGAGCGAACUGAAAAACUUCGACCGUUGGGCCGACGAGCAACUGCAAGUUCAGUCUGCGAACCAGAGUAAAACUGACGACAGUAAGAGCGAGACAAGCACAUACGGACUGUCUCUAGCCAGCGCGAGCAACCUCGACGUAAACGUGGACAAGGCGAGGGUCUGGAGCCUCGGCAAGUGGGGCGUGGUGCCCGUGCAGAUCAAGACGCUACCCGUCUCUGUCGAACACGUCAGGAAGAAACGGAACAUAGAGAUUAACAUAUUGAGAAAAUGUCGCCACCCCAACAUAAUCCUUUUGAUGGGUCUAUAUCCGGACGUCCACAACAACGUGAAUAUAAUCUGCGAACGGUGUGUGGACACCCUACAUGAUAUACUCCACGAUGGACAGGGCCGAAUCCUCAGCCUGCAGACUUCAGUCCAAUACGCGUUGGACAUCGCAAACGCGCUCGUCUUCAUCCGCAUGCAAGGGUACCUUCACACGGCUCUCAGCAGUCAGAGCGUCAUGAUCACACGACAAGACUCCGCCAAGCUGGCCGACUUGGGGCCUUGUAUGAAGCUUCCUAAAGAAAAUAAGAAGGAUAAAAUCGGAUAUGACAUGUAUUCGCCGGAGCCGCAGUACGUCAAUAUUGAUGGAACCAGUCACAAGAACCAAGAAAGCGAGCCUCUAAUAUCCCAGCACGCCUCCGAAACGUACAUGAGGGGUAACGCGGUGGCGAAGCCAUACAAGGUUUACGAGGAGUCAGAAGCAUAUUAUUGGCACGCGCCGGAGUUGUUCGAGCCCGAUGAAGAAGGGAAUGUGUAUCCUUGCAGCAAGAGCGACGUGUAUUCGCUGUGUUUGAUACUGUGGGAGAGCUGUAACGCUAAAAUUCCUUGGAACACACUAACCUACGAGAAGCUAAAGGAGCAAUAUACGCUGUGGAAAGCGGGCAUGCCCUUGCCGCAAGACGGCACGUAUCCGGGCAGCCUCCUGGCGUUGCUCCAAGACGCAAUGAAACUUGAGCGAUCCGAGCGCAUUGACCUUGAGAAGUUGCAGAACAUACUGCAAACGGUCAAGAACGACAUCGACAAGAUGGACUACAUAGUAAUACCAGCGCGUAUUUCAAAGAAAAAAUCCAACUUUAGCAGCGUCGCGUGGGACACGUCUCCUACAGACUCUGAAUGCUUGAGUCCCGUUCAACAAAACAUUCAGCUUCAGGCCGACAUCCAUAUUAAAGACAGCUCAACUGAGAGUGAAAAAGAUUAUAGCAAGAGCGAGAGUCCCGUAUAUGAAAGUGUAGAAAAGAGGUCGUUCGCCACAUCGGACUUGCCACAAAAAUGUUACGUUUUAGACGACGAAGAGCGCCCCGUUCUAAAAUACGAGCAUCUACCGGAGAAGGAUUACUCUAGCGCCUGCUCCACCCCCAUAGCAAAGAUACGGGCGCGGAUGAAAGACAUCGGCACUCCCAACAAGUUGCACAGGAGCGACUCCACUGAAUACUGUAGUAUCUACAGUCCCGAUAAUCGCACACGCAACUUUACCAUCACAGACGAUAGCGUUAAAGACCAAAGUGGCGUGGAGAGACCGGCGGCGAAACUGAGCAGAAGCUUCACGCCUAAAUCGUACAAACCGCUUCACAUUAAAGUACCUGAGUACAAUCUAGACUGUCUAAAGUCGUUGCCGAAGGAUAAGGUCAGUGGGCGGUCGUCGUACAAUUUUGAUAUUAAAAAUUAUAGCUUGCCUACGACGCCUAUAGCACGUAGUAAUAAAUUAAGAAAAAAUGCCUGGUUGUCUGGAGAGUUGACUGUCUGUGAAAAGAAUGUGGAAGUUUUAAGACAAGCUAUUGGUAAAUUAUCUAAUAACAGAGCGGGCGAUAUCAAAGAUCCUUCGGAAGUAACCAACAACUAUUCGUCUGAGAAUAUCAAUGUGACACCAUCUAAUCGUUUCUCGGAGAACGGCUCGAAGGAGCAGUCGCCAGAUGCUGACACCGACAGUUAUAUGGGACUAAAGAGAGUUGACCUUCCAGAAUCACCUGUAACAUCUGACACAAAUAGAGACCGAACAAAUUCUUCGUCGUACAAAACGUCACAAAACUCCGAGGCUGCGAACAAAGGGAAGUAUAGGAUUGAAGAGGACAUACUUGCCAACGUCAAUGUUAAACCAUUGGUCGCCAUACAUGAGAAGUGGAUCUUCGAAGCCAAUAGGAAAACCGGGCGAUCCAUGUCUUUGCCAGAGAAUAAUCGUAACCCGAUUGCUGCUCUGAAGCCAGCCUCACACUGCGUAGAUACUUUGCAGCAGUCACUGCCCCAGCUGAACUCCAAGCGGCCAGGUUCGAGGUGUUUUAAAUCUUCAUCAGACAACGAAGUUCAAUGGAGCCAAUUCUGCCAGGCACGCGAUAACAUUGCCAAGAAGAUGAACUUUGCAGCUAGAGACCCGGACCGCCAUCACAGCUGGCGAAGGGACAUUGAUAAAAGCACAACAGCCACUGAAGAGAUGAGGCGAAGCGAGCCCAUGAUCGACCAGGCCACCGACACACACGGCAUCGAGGACUUCAUCCGCGAACUUAUCCGCAAAGAGCUGCAACACAUCUUCCUAGAAAUGCAAGACGACGCCUCCUCCGCCUCGGCCAAGACCGACGAAAUACUAGACAAAGGCGUGGCCAAUAUUAUAGAACAUCUGAAGACUACCGAAGACGAAACGCGAAAAGAUGCAGUCAAGUCCUUUUCAAGAGUUAAAAUUAACGGCAACAACAAGCCGCUACUCCAAAUAACGUUUAACCGGUGCGGCGAGAAUAGUCUGCAGGUUUUGGACAACUGUGUGAAUGUGACGAUUUGCGACAGCCCGCAGAAAGAUAAGAACCAGUCUUUGGAGGAGGACGCGGACGAUGUGCAGGUGCAUUCGCUGAAGAGGUGCCAGGCUUUCAACGCUUUACAGGAAGCCCGCAGCACCGAGGACCUGUACAUAGACGACGAGCUGUCGACGCAGAUGGGCGACAACUUCGCCAAGAUGCGGCUCAUCCCCCUCCACGGCUCGCUGCACGAGAUCCUGUGCGAGAAGGCCGACGACUGCUGCCUCAUCAAGGUCAAGCAGGAGAACGGCUGCGACACCAUCUACUUCAGGUGUGACCACUCCGACACCGAAUCAAGAGACGCUAUCGACGGCGUGCAAGAUAUACCGCAGGACACCGUCGUUUUUAAACGGAGCAUAUCCCUAGUCGAGGAGAGAAUCCAACGCAUCUUCCCCAACGAGAAACGUAGCACCGUCAGCCCAGUAGUGUCGCGCAAGAAACGCCGCGAAGCAGCCAACAAAAUAGCCCGUCCAAAGUCUGAGGUAUUUAUCCAACACGUAAAGGAUGAGAAAAAGUACUUGAGCAACAGCACCCCUUCGCUACCUGUUAAAGACGACGCCGUAGAACUCAACAUAGAAAACGUGCUAGCUUACCAAGACUCCUCAUCUGAGGAGUGCUUGAAGUGUCAAGCGGAGAAUGACGACUUUGAGUUUAUCGAGCGAAAAAUCGAGGAGGACUUAGCCAAUAGCAAUAUUAGCACCCUUUCUUCCCUGACGUGCGGUUGUUUGGAGAAGAUAUCUGAAGAAAAUCUGUCUGCGAUGAAUGAAGACACCACGGAUAAGGAGUCUUCGCCAGACCCCGGGACAGACGCCUAUUAAAUAUACACUUUUAAAGGUGCGCCUUGAACUAUUUUUGCUUGUUUACAGAUUCGGGUACUGUCUUUACUCAUGGUACUGUAGAUUUUAGACUUGUUUGAAUUUCGAGAACGUUAAAAUUUGACUGAUAAACUGACAAAAGCGUUGAUUCGCGCGUUCUUGAUUUUUUUCUUGUUUACUGACUAAAUAUCUAUAACUAGUUAACUACGCCUUGAACGUUCUCUAUGUAUAAAUGUAUUUUACUUCCGAUGCAGCUGGCUGAUUUGAAUGGCAUUCAUUCGCAUUCACAGGUCAUAAUCUAGUAGAGAACUCAUUUACCAAAAGUACAAUGGAACAGUAUUUAUCUAACGUGGUACAAAUAAUUAUUUUAUUUAAACUUUAUUUAUGAGUGCAAAUAACGUUAAUCAUAGCAUAAUAAUAUUUAUUAACACUAAUUAUGUCCUAAUUACUAAUUGUUGUUUUGCUAUCAAUUAUAAUUUCUGUUUCCGUUAUGAUGUCGGCACAAAUAUUUUCACUGGAGGUACGUGUUUGAAACUUUGAAUGAAUAUAUUUGUUUCGGCAAGUUUCUUAGUUAAUUCGUAACGAAUGCAAUUAUUUGAAUCAAUAAUCAUUGCAAAAAUUAUUAGUUAUGUUUC